AUGACCGUUCCGGACUGGGCGAGCACUGUGCAGGAGCUGAUCGACCAGCCUGAUGUGAGCAUAAAUCAAAAAUGCCAGAAGAUCAUGCUGCUGCUUCGUGAGCGACACCUGCUCUACGACUCUUUUGCGACCCCCAUGGACUUGAUCGUUCAUCCGAAAAAUCGUGGAGGUGCCCUCGUAAAUCCACACGAUGUCGUGUCCAAGGGCGUUCAAAUCUCUUCCGUUGGCUGGGAUCGCAUGAAGUUGCGAGAAGCUGUAGCCAUCGAACUUCCGAGGGACGAAGGACUUCGCAAGCACUUUCUCGAGAUCAACACCCGCCUUGCCGAAAUGUGGGCAACUCUUAGCUGUUCGCACACCACUGCCUUCGUCAAAGCGAUGGCCAGCGGAUGCGGUCCCAAAUGUGGUUUGUCACUGGACGAGUGCAUGCAGAGUGGGGACGACUUUGCGAAGCUUCUCAAAGAAGGGUGGAGCUGGCGAGUCCUGGCGGCGGAGGUCGAGGAAAGGGUGCCAGCCUUGCCGGGGCUACUGCAGCAGGGCUUGAACUCGGACCUCGCGAUCGGCAAACCGCCUAGCGAACUGGAGGUCGCGAUGUGCAUCUCGCAGCUGUAUGCUGCCCAACCGGACGGAGCCAAGGACCUCGGGAAAGCGGUAGCAGCAGCAGGCAGCUCGAACCCUCCGUGCAAACCGUAUAUUUCGGCCAUUGCGGAUUUCGUUCAGCAGUUCGCAGGGGGUGAAUCCUUCAAAGUUCUGAAAUAUAUGGAUGCCAUGGCCCGGUCUUAUGCCGGGAGCACGAUGCUGGGCGCCGACUUCACGAAAUGCCUCGCAUACACCGACUUCAAAAUCGCUACCACGAGAUAUCACUGCACCAAUGCAGUCAUCGACGGGUUCAGCCGCCUUCUGACGAAGGCGGACUUCGAUCGUUUGAAGUCCAAGAAAAGCGAAGCGGAUUUGGUGAAAGCAGAAGCGCUGAUGCAACAAGCAUGGGCAGUGGUCGAAGCCGAAGCUUCCGACAAGGCACAUCUUCAGAUGGCUUUCUGCCGCUAUCAAAUACGCAUCAUCCUCUACAUGCUCGGCAAGCAGACGAAGGGCAGGGAGGCCAAGGAGUACGACUCCCUGGCCACGUUGUCGAGCAUGUUCAGCCAGGAGACCUUGCAGGUUCAGCCCGGGCAGGCUUCCCAGGCUGCAGCUUCUUCAGGGGAGCAGGUCCGAGACCUAGAGGCCUCGAAUGAUCAGACUUUGAUCGCAAAGCAGCAGAACAAGCAUGUGAAGGUUGGCCAGGCUUACUUGAUCAAAAGGACGGAGCCCGUGGAGGCUGACAAAGACAAAGUCUUUGUUUUGAAGGACUUGCAGCAGGAUGGUGCUACCUUGGAGCAUCGGCCUUUCUUUGGCGAGCAGGUGCAGGUCGAGAAGGUGGCUUUGCAGGACCUCAAGCAACUCAAGGAAUGGACUAAAGCUGUGCCUGCUUUGGUCGAGGAGGAAGCUCUUCAGAAGCUCUGGCCCGGUGAUUCCGAGAUCUUCCAGGACGAGCUGGCACGAGCAGAAGACCAAGGGCUUCUCUACAAGAAAUACUUGGAGUUUCCUGACAGCAGACAGUUGGGCGAUCCAGACGUCCGGCCAAGCAACAACGGCUUGCUGUUCUGCAACUGCUCCUAUGCCAAGUUUGACCUGCAACUCUAUCCUUUGGGGCAGCUGCAAAAGGUGCAGAAGCCUCGCCCCCAGGAUGUUGUCAUCCAGAAAAAAGGAAUGAAGCAUGACUGCUACGUUGUUUCGCCCGUUCGCUGGGACAUCCAGAAAUCAUCCGGUUACUUUUGCCCGUACUGGAUGAUCAAGGAAGCAACGGAGAGCCAAACGGCUACCCUCACCAGAACCACGAAGAAGAUCGGCGACAUGGUGGUGCCUGUUUACCAGAACAAGGUUGCAUUGAAGAUGGGCGACCAGCUGCUCCUGGAGCCGAAGACGGAGAUCUCCAGCACAGUGGAUGUGCAGGAGAUUCGCUUCGCUUUUGGCUUCUGUAUUCGUGCCUCUGCAGCUUCUUCUGCCUGCAAGGUUUGGCUCGGCAGCAUGCAGGUCACUCGGCAAGUCAUUCUGCAGUACAAGGGCGGCCCCAAGGUCCCUGUUUCCGAGGGCCUGGUGCAUGUGGCGGACAAUGGCCAGCAAUAUCUUCGGUUCAGGCCGAGCAGCACGAGUCUGGCGAGAGCGGUGCUGGGGCACAUGGAGAAGUUCAAAUCCCUGAAAAACCCAAGCUUGAGCUGCAGCCCACAAGUGUCGCAGAUCCGGGAAACGGUGAAGGCCAAGAUCCUGGAGAUGGGAAGCAAGGAGCAGAAUCCGGAUGGCAGUGAGAGGGACAAUUUGUUCGAUGCUCCUGUUGUCCAUGAAGAGGAGGAUUCGGCCAAUGAAGUCACCGCCCGAAAGCUUCGCGAAGCUUUGGAGAGAGCACCAGAUGUUAUGAAGAUAGAUCUCGGUGGCAAGCAGGUGGAGGUCUUGAAGCCCAGGAAUUGGCGAGAAACAGACAUCUUGGUCAAGCUCGAAGAGUCCGACCUUGAGCAUGUCUUCGAUUUCCUCAUGGUCGAUGUGGACUCGGUGUACGAGAAGCCAAAGCGACCUUACGUCCGAUCUGGCAGGUUUGCGGGCAAAAGGAAAGCCGAUGAGGACGACAAGCAGAGCGAUUCCG